UUUCGAGUAGCGUCCUCCCUGGAGCCAUCACGAUGAAAAUGCUGGCCCCACAUGAUGGACCCGACAUCGCUCCGGUUGACUCUUCUGGCGAAUUGCAUGGUGCGACAUUCUGGCUGCUGGUGUGUGGCGCCGCAGCGGCCGUGGUCACUGUUCUCGCCGCUCUCGCCUGCUGGGUCACGCGCCGCAGGAACUCGUUGGCCCACAAACUUGGUAGCAAACGUGGUCCGGAUAAGGCGCUCGUGUUCCAGCCUCCACGACGCGCUACGGCUGUGCGGUCUCCCGGUUCCGCUACGCACUACCUACGCAAAUCGCCAUCGCCUACUGCGCCCACUGCACCGGCUACAUCCCCACCGCAUCCUCAUCCGCCGAUAACUAAUCAUACUGGAUCUAAGUCCCCAUCUGGAGGCACCACUCCUCACUCGCCUACUGCCCCCACCGAACCCACUCCGCUGAGCAAGGAGCUGGCCGAUGCUAACUGCACUGAGAAGAUCAAGCCUGUGGAGCCUGAGCCUAAUAACGAUGGCAAACUUGGCGAUCUGCACUUCAAACUGCGAUAUGAGAACGAGAAGAGCGCUUUGGUGGUAUCAGUGGUAUCUUGCCAAGGAUUGCCGGGACGCGAGCCCGCUGGCCCCGACCCCUAUGUUAAGCUGCAGCUGCUACCUGAUAAACAACACAAGGUUAAAACCAGAGUUGUACGAAAGACCCGUUGCCCGGUAUACGACGAGGACUUCACAUUCUACGGUAUCGUUCCACAUCAACUCGCAGCCAUUACUCUCCACUUCGUUGUACUCAGCUUCGACAGAUAUUCCCGCGACGAGAUAAUUGGCGAAGUGGUGGCUCCGUUAUCGAACUUGCAGCUACAAAGCGGAGAGGCUAUGGCGCUCUGCCGAGAGAUACAACCACGCAGCCUCAAGAUGCGUAGCGUGGGCCGCGGCGAGGUGCUAGUGUCGCUGUGCUGGCAGCCGGCCGCCGCGAGACUCACCGUCGUGCUGCUCAAAGCACGCAACCUGCCCAAAAUGGACGUCACGGGACUUGCUGAUCCUUACGUGAAGAUGUACCUGCUGUACAACGGGCAGCGCAUUGCAAAGAAGAAGACGCACGUGAAGAAACGCACGCUGAACCCGGUGUUUAACGAGUCGUUCGUUUUCGAAGUCCCAGCUGCGCCCAACGCUACACUCGACCAUGUUUCGCUUGAACUGCUCGUGCUGGAUUGGGACAGAGUAACCAAGAACGAGGUGAUCGGUCGACUUGAGCUGGGCGCAGAAGGCACGGGCAGUGCGCGGCACCACUGGCGCGAGGUGCAAGCCGCGCCGCGCCGCCAGAUCGCCGACUGGCACAAGCUCAAGGAGUAGACCACAUACCACACACUAUAACGUACCACAUACCAUCCUCAUCCUUCUUGACACUAUAAUAUGCUGAUUCUUAAGUUAUUGUUUUUUGGACCUUGUUUUAUCCUAUCUUAAGGUGACACUCGUGUCGUUGCCAUUAAAGAAAUUAUAUUUUUGGGUUCACUACUCUACUUCGAAACUCGCAAAGUCCUGCAAAGUAUUUUACUGUUUCAAUACUUUGUUUAUUGCCAAUAAACGUGCAAUUCUCUACAAUUCGCAUUAGGUACUAAUCCUCAUAUUCUAAACUACACAUUGUCAUUGUUUCUUGUUAACACUCCAUUCUAAUAUUUAAAAUUAUCAUUAAUAUUAUUGGCCACAUUUAAAAAAACCCUAUUUCAUCGUUAUAAUAAUAUUAUUUUGUUGUGUGAGCCAACUCACUUAUUAUUCUUGCACCGUACUUUGGCUAAGUCAAUGUCCAAAUGCAGGUUUAUGUGCGUAUCAUUUUGGUUUAGUGUUAAUUUGUAAUUAUAUUUCGUAUUAGAUAGUCAAAAUUACUAUAUUGUUUCUACGUUCCUUAUAUUUAGAGGAUUUUCUCAUUCAAGUAUACGUACGCUGUACUGGCUUUUACUCACUAAAGCCCAGUUCACUUUGACGAAUUUAGUAAAAAGCAGGACCCGAAAACUUGAUUAUUUAUUAAAAUUGCUAUGCAAAUCGUUUUAGUUGUCGUAUGAGCAAUUUAUACCCCAAAAUCAGUCUUUUCCAUCGUAAACGUCACGUUUACUAAUGUGCCAUUUAUUUCAAAACAUACGAAUUACGGUAAUAAUUAUAUCUUACAGUUUGUGUAACUUAUAGUUUUGUUAAUUGAAUGAGAAAACCUAAAAUUAUAAAACUACUGUCCACUAAUUUACAAAACGCACAGUUGUAUGUAUCCCUGUGGAAACCCGUUACGGUGUGUCUAAAAUAUGUGUUGUCGUGUAUACAGAUGUUUAGGUAUGUAAUUAGUACAUUUAACAUCGUAAAUAUUCUCGUAUUAGUGUUAUAUAAACACCUAGAGAGUUUAAUGGUAGAGAUUGAUCCUACAGAAAGUCAUACUUACUUACAAACCAGUAGCCUAUAGUUAACCAUGAUAUAGUUAGGAAUCGAGACGGAAAGAAGUUAGUACUUACAUGUAAGGAUAUUCAUUAAAACUAUUGGCAGACGUUAAAACGCGGUGCGGGCCCUAUUAUAUUGAAAGGUUUGUAUUGAUAAAGACAUUGAAAUAUAAAAUUCAGAAUAAAAGUAACUGUAUAGGUACUAAUUGUACUUUCUGUAGAUUCAGAAUUCUACUUGUAUUUCAUUCUCUUUUACUCUACAUAUCUAAAUGUAAGACACUUACGUGUGUAAGUACACAAAUGGCAUAGCGACUGCAUCACAAUUGCGAAAUACCACUUGGCAUGCUGUAGGCGCAACUGCAUCGCGGCUGUCUUGCAACUGCUAAGAGUUAGUGCAGCUAACAUGCAGCCAGCGUGUAGUCCGCGAACUAGCACUUUGAAGUCGCGCAUUACAUCCAAAUUGCUUUGACUGCACUCCAACUACUAAUUUGCAUUUGCGAUGCAGUUGGGAUGCAAUUCAUAAGUCUACACCUUAACUUGUAACGGAUUACAUACACUGUAAUUAUUAACUAUAAAUGUGGUUUAAUACAAAAGCUAUUAAUGCCUUUUUUUUAAAUAAUAUAUAUAUC